AUAAACUGUCUCCCCCGAAACUUCUCGGUGAAGACUGAAGAAGAAGAAAAAGAAAAAGAAGAAUCUUCAAGAUUCACACAAAUGGUGAUUUCGCCGAAUUUUAGGUCGUGGUUUGGCGCUGAUGCCGACAGCAAGGAUUUCCAUGAUCGCUGCUUCGCUCUCGCUAAUCUAAUCGAUGGAUAUAUUGGCAAGGAUGAAGUUCCUACGUACGCCCAAGAGCUGCCUGGAGUCUUAAAUCAAGUGUGCCAACGUAGAUGUACUGAUCAAACGAGGGCUGUGAUAAUGGCGCUGAUGAUCUCAGCCAAGAGUGCUUGUCAGCUUGGAUGGUUCCCGGAGAGAGAGUCUCAAGAACUGUUGGCUCUCAUAGACUCGAUGUGGAAAGGUUUCAGCAGUCCUGAAAAUGUCACCUCUAGUCUAAAUAAUCCCCUCAGUCUAAUUCCGCUGGUCAUGGAGAGGUUCUAUCCGUUUCUGAAGCUGGGGCAUAUUCUUCUUUCUUCUGAGGCGAAGACAGAAUCAAACAUAUUGAUGAAGGACUUCCAAAUUUCAAAGAAGAUGCUGCAACGUUCUCUCAAACAGAUAGUAGGAUUAUUUGUGUUCCGGACAGAGGACAUAAGCAAAUCUAGUUGUAUUAUCCAUCCCCAAGAAGUCAGCUUUUUGUUGAAUGGAAGGAACGUUGAUAAGAGAGUUAGCAUCUCAAUGGAUUCAGGGCCUCAGCCUCCAACGAAUGUUACUACCCUGCUCAACGCUGGGUCGAAUCUUCUGCAGACAAUAGGCUGUUUUGGAGGUAGUUACAUCAUUGUUAUUGCCUUAAUGAAUGACAUACCAGUGCCCGUCAAUCCAUUGCUGAAAGAUUAUGUUCAUUCUGAAGCCAAUGAAUCGAAUUCAGAUGGUGACAUAAUUGAGGGCCCAUCAAGGAUAUCUCUCAGUUGUCCUAUCAGCCGCACGCGUAUUAAACUUCCUGUGAAGGGUCAUGUCUGUAAACAUCUUCAGUGUUUUGAUUUCUGGAACUAUGUCAAGAUGAAUACGAGGGUACCAUCAUGGCGCUGCCCGCAUUGCAAUCAGGCUGUCUGCUAUACUGACAUCCGUGUAGAUCAAAACAUGUUAAAGAUUCUAAAAGAGGUGGGACCUAAUGCUACAGAUGUAAUUAUCUCUGCGGAUGGAUCAUGGAGGGUUGCAACCGAAAACGGUGAGAAUGUGGAAGCUGUGCCAGAAACCACUUAUGACCACGGAGAUCAAAAUUGUUUCCUAAACUUGAAGCCAACUGUUUUGGAUCUUACCAGCGAUGAGAAUGAAAUGGAAACUUCCGGUGGCACUCAAGUUAAUGAACAGAAGUCUUGUUCAUCCGAGUUUCAGGGUCCGUCAACCACAAAUAACUCUACUACAGAUCAUACUAUGCUUAACCAGCCUUCUUCUUCAAUCCAUGCACUGCCACAGUUGCCACAAACUUUGAAUGUUUUUGAUGGGCAGCAACAAUUCAUCAACUUUCCGCAUGUAGAAAACACGCGGGAUUCAGCAGCAACACAUUCCAUACCCAUGACAUUCUCAUCUCCGCAAGAUAGAUUAGCUACAAAUACGGCCAGCUUUCACAUACCAAUGCCUGGUGCUCAGUCUUCUCAUUUUCAAGGGUCCCAUGUCAAUGUUACGCCCCUUGAACACUGUCUAGGAAGAACCCCUGAUUUGAUGGAGAGAUGGAACCACAUCCAUGGAAAUGGCGUAACUCAAACUCAAUUACCACACAUGCCUCCUCCGUCACAGCACCAUUAUGCAAUGCAGAACCAGAUGCUUUCCAUGAGGAGCCUGUCCCUUGCACAGGGAAGACCGAUGCGAGCUUCCAUCACACAUCCCCAAACUUUAGCUUUCAACCAUGGAGGAACCUCCGAGCAGAGACACAUGCAAAUACCCAUUCAAAGACCCGUCCAAAGACUGAAUCAUGGUGGUGCAGCGGAACAGUUCUCAUCAGGUGAAUUCAUGAAUACGAAUCAUGGUGCUAACACUGCAAACUGGCGCCCACAGAUUCGGAUGCGAGGCAGCAUAGCGCCUGGUUCCACGGGGUAUGACCACAUGAUCAUUCGACCUACCCGACCGGUUCAGGCACAAGCUCAAACAACACUUGCUCCGCCUCAGCCAACAACAACAGCUUAUAACAGUAUAGCUGGUGAAAUUCAAGCAUUUUUGGCGCAUCCAAGCUAUCCGAUUGGUAGUAAUGAAACACAAGCUGGGAUAGGUUCAUUGCCCGUGACGGAGGAGGGUGUAAGGUCAUUGGGGUCGUUUUGGUCAAUGCCUCCUGAGACAUGGUGAUAUCUGAUGGCUUAGGUAUGUAGCACAGGGUACGUAGCAACUAACACGAUCAGCAGGGUACUAGUAGUAUAUAAGUCGUUUUUUUGGUACUAACCGGUUUAGGCCUCCGGUAUGUAUAUGGGGCAAGUUGUUUUGGAUCUAGGGUAUUCUCCGGUUAUGAAUCGUUUGAUCUUUUUUUGGUACUGAAAAAAAAAUCCUAAA